AGAUUCCGGAAUUUUCCCGCGAAAAUGACGAUAAUGAAUUCCCGGAUAUAGGAUUGACGCAUGCGUGAACGUGAAAGAAGAGACGUUUUGUGGAAAAGCUAUAAUAGGUGUUAAUUUAUAAAAUGGAAACGGCAACUGAAAAAGGUGCAUCUCCUGCCAUAGAAGAAGAAGAGGAAGAAUUUACAGUAGAAAAGGUGGUUGAUAGACGUAUGAAAAAUGGAAAGAGGGAAUAUCUAUUAAGAUGGAAAGGCUAUCCUGACUCAGAAAACACAUGGGAACCAGAAGAAAAUUUAGAUUGUCCCGAUUUGAUCGCAGAAUUUGAAAAUAACCGAAAAAAGAAAGAAGAAAAGAAACGAAAACAACCCAAUGGUGUUGAUGACACAUCAACUAAGAAAAAGAAAAAAAUUACUGAGGUAAAAUCCAGCGAAGAUGAUAAUAAACCAAGAGGAUUUGAUCGAGGAUUACAGCCAGAAAGAAUCAUAGGAGCUACCGACAGCAGUGGAGAAUUAAUGUUUCUCAUGAAGUGGAAAGACAGUGAUGAGGCCGAUUUAGUACCUGCACGCCAAGCAAAUGUGAAAUGUCCUCAAAUUGUCAUCGCUUUUUACGAGGAACGUCUUACGUGGCACACACACAACGAUAACGAUGAUGACGAGAAAGGGAAAGACGACAAAUAAAUAUUUUACGAACUUUCAAAAAGUGUAAAUUAGGAUUUUAUAAAAUGAAUCGAGUCACAAAUAAGAUAUUCAUUGUUUUGACCCACCUAAUAUUUUCACCCUGAAUGUGGACAUGAUAUUUAAAAGAAAAUAAUACGCAUGUCAUAAUUUAGCGGAUGUUAAAAUUUUUGAGGGUGGGUCACAAAGCAAUAAGACUGGAAGAAAAAGGAUGGAAUGUGUGUAAUGUUUGAAAUUAGAGCGAGUGAGGAAAUGUAUGGAUAUCCAGUCUUGAAACCAGUCUUACCCGUUGAUGAAUAAUACUACAUAUACUUUGUAAAUUGAAAAAUAAGUUCUGAAUACUUUUUACUUUCUUUUUCUGUUUAUAUACAUUGUACAUACGUCAUUUUAUUUCUUAAGUCUUAAAAACUAUUUUGUAACACAUCACUGAUUGUUGUCAUUAACGAACCGACACAUUUUUCUUAUAAUCGGUUUUGGAGAGAAAAAUUCAAAAUGGCCAAAAAAUGUUCACAUUUUAAAAGUAUUAUAACCAAAAUGGUAUUUUGAUUUCAUGAGGAAAAAAAAACACACGAGAUCAUGAAUAUCAAUAAUACCUUUAAGAUUAACAAUAAAUGCAUGCAUGUGAGAAAAGUGUUUUCGUCCAUCUGUGGUUUUCGAAGGAUCCAUGAAAGUUACUUCUGCAUAUUUGGAGGUUGCAGACUUGUUGCAUUUAAAAUAUAGGAAGAUGGGCAUUAUUUUAAGUGGUACAUAUUAAAAUAUUUAAAAUCCAGAUAAUUUGAUGUAAAUAACAAUUAUGUCCUCUCUUUCUUUUUCUUUUUUAGUCCAUUUUCAUAUCUGUUCAAAGAAUUUGACAGAAUAAUAAUACAAUAUUUUUUUUCACUUUCAAUAUGGUAUUCGAUGUUUGCUUUAUUAUAAAAACUUCAUAAUAAUUUGUAAUGUUGUGAUAUGGUCAAGAAACUGAGACUUACAGGAUUUGACUUCUCAUGAAAAAUGAUAUUAAUCGCCAUGCUGUACUUAUCGUAUAAUUCACAUCUGCAAGUUUAUUUUUUUGUCCUGGACACAACGACUGAACUUAAAUACUUGUUGAAUGAAAAAAUCUCACCAUGGUUAAAAAAUGUUCCAAUUUUGGCAGCUGUCAUGUUCACGCCCCCUCACCUCUCCCAAAAUUUGAAGUUAAUGGAUGUAGUUUUGUCAGUUCAUCUUGAUCUAUUUAAACAGUAAAUUUGUUGUAUGUGGAUCAUUUAUGUAUAUUGUCAUAGUAAUUAACAUCAUGGUAGGUUUAUUACUUUAAAUCGCCAUGGUAAUAUAUAGUAAUGUACCUUUAUUAUUUGAAAAUGCCAUGGUAAUCUAGUGAUGUGGCUUUAUUACUUGAAAUCGCCAUAGUAAUUAGUAAUGUAGCUUUAUUACUUGAAAUAACCAUGGUAAUAUAGUAAUGUAGCAUUAAUUACUUGAAAUUGUCAUAUUGUACCUUUAUUACUUAAAAUUGCCAUAUAAUGUACCUUAAUUUGAAAUCACCAUGGUAAUGUACCUUUGUUACUUGAAAUAGCCAUAGUAAUUGAGUUACAAACAAAAAAGUGCUAAUUAUGUCAUGUCUUGUAACUUCGUUAAGAAUAUUUCUGUGCUGUUCGUAACCUAGUCGUAAUUAAAAGCUUUAUCAUCAGUUUUACACAGUCUCAGCCUCGCCCCUUCAUCAUUAGUCAUCAGUUGCUAUAGAUAUUAAAACUAGAAAAUCUGAUUUUUGACUAAAUGAAAAGUUGGACUAAAUGAGCUCAGUGGAAAUUUGGUUUGAUUUACACUUUUCUAACAAUGAGUCGAUAAUUUUGAAUUGAGUUAAAGCUUUUACCACUAAGAAUUUUUAUUUCACGAGUGCCACUGGCUUGUUUUUUGUGACAAUGAUUCAAGAUAAAAAAAAUUGAAUUUUGCGACUGAGGAUUUUGAUUACGCAAGUGGCGAUGGCUUUGAUGGAUACGUGCGAUGUAACAGGAGUAUUUUUUAUCGUAGAUAAUCAAGUGAAAUUUCUGUCUGUUGUAUAUUUGUCUUUAUUUUGACAUCAUUAUGGAAGAUAUCAAGUGUAUGUGAAAUAAAUCUUGUCACAUGUA